AUGAGUGGAUGUACAGAGAUGGAAAAGUUGAUGGUUGAUUCAGGGCUUAGUAUUCAGGAUUUCGUUUUUCUAAUUUUGAUUCUCGUAGUUGAAUUGCAUUUUUAUACUCGCAACUUGCUUUUACAAUCACACAAUCGCAAUGCAGCACUGCAACUUGAAACUUUAUAUCAAUACGGUUGUUAA